AUGGGCUUAUUCACACACGUAAAUGAGACGCGCGUUCGGUCGCGUUCGAACGCGCCGAAACGUACAUGUUUAAUUUUGAGCGUUCGAUCGCGACCUUCAGCUAAAAUUAAACAAUAUUUUUCCAAUGCAUUUUCAAUGCAUUUCUAUUUUUGAUAACACACGGGCGAUUCGGACGCCGCGAUCGACCCGCGUUUAUUCACGUUCAUUCAUAAUUUGUGCCUUCAACCUGUGAUAGUUUAUAGUAAUCGCCGCACAAAUUAUUACAAAAAUCUAAAAAAUGUUUGACACAGAAGAAUUUAUUGUUGAGGUGUCGAAUGAAGAGGCAAUAUGGAAUAUAGAAAGCAAACUAUAUCAUGACAAAAAUGCCAAGCAUAUAAGUUGGACAAAGGUGGCAAAAAAAUUGUUCAAAGACUUUGAAGAUUAUGAAGAAACCGUCAAAAUGAGUAAAAUAGCAGAAUUACACAAAAAAUGGAAAUCUUUAAGGAAUAGUUACCGUCGGAAAUGCAUCACCAAAUCUGGGCAAGCGGCAACAACAUCUAAGCCGUACAUAUAUGCUAAUGUACUAGAUUUUUUAAGACCAACCAUGCAAAAUCGAACAACCGAAAGUAAUGUCAAGCUCGUUCUGACGUCGUUAAUCUCCCAUCGACACUUUCCACUCCGCAGUACUGCGUACCCGGUGCGCUGGCUGUCGGCUAGAUGCCGUCAGCAUUAUUGUCGUAAACCACGAUACAUUCGAGAUUUGACAAAUUUGGUCAUCUGUGAAGUUUUACAGAACGUGUUGAAGUUGCGGUGUCAUAUCGUACGCUGUCGCCUUUAG